GUUUAUUCCGUCACCUUCUUUGACUUGUGUGUUUGGUGGUACAAGAGUGGCCAUUAUUGUUGAGUGAGUAGUGGCUGUUUAAUGGUAAAGUAGUAAGAGUAUGUUUUGCUCAGUUUUAAUGUCAUACUUUUGCUCUUUUCUUUUCAACAGCCAUCCUUCACUUUCUAGUCCCGGGUUAUGGAAGAAGGACUCGUACACUGAAGGAGCACACAGCCUGGAAUAACCCCAAACCCCAAACGUUCAUCUCUUUGAAAUGAAUCUUCUCUCCAUAACCGGGUGAAAUGCCGUGACCUCGCCCCGUGCCGCACCAUGGCAGGUUUAGUCUCCUGUGUGGGUUUGGUGGUGAUGCUGGAGGCUCUCGUGCAUGCACACAGCCAGCGUGCAGUGUUUCUGGGGAUUACGGCGUUGGUAUCAGUGAUCACAGCUGACUCACCUGUUGCAGGUCAGUCUCUGUUGAACUCCACACACCAUCCAAUGAGAUUUCUUAGAGAUGUAUCAAGUACAACAGGGUCACCACCAUCAGCCUUACCAGCCUCACAUCACACUGCCUUUGAGAGCCCAGACUCACCCGGUGCCCUGCCAUCCACUCCUGAACCGAACCAUGAAGUCAGGACUGCUGACAUUGAGCAUUUUCAGUGGGAACCUGUUGCUUCUGAAAACUCCAAAUCCGUCAUGGCAAGUGACCUUGUUGCAGAAGAACCACAUCCUCUUUCCACUCCAUCAUUAAGCCCCUCUGAACCUGUGCUUAAGUCGAGUUCACAAUUUGAUGCAGCAGCUAAUCUCUCUGCAGACUGGAAGCCGGCCAGGACAAAUUCUGCCAAGCAAUCUUCCCUUCUCUCCCCAACUCCUACAAGAGCCCACAUUCAGCCUCAGUCAAAUACAUCAACAUCGUCUUUAAGCCCUUCUGCUACCAUAAGGUCCACAACAACUCAGCCUAGUCUGCAUUCUCAGCAGGAAGCAACUUUUAGUGAGCAGCAGGAUGUUGCAUCAAAUCAAGCACUGACGGCCUCCGAACCUGGUCAGCCUCUUGAGACCCCUGAACUGACUCUGGAUGAUUCUCUAGCUGAUGAACCUUACCAGAUAAGCCCCAGUAUUGCCCCCUCUGAGGAGAACAAACUAGCUUAUGACACUAACAUGCAAUACAACCCAGAAGAGUUUCUGGCCCCUGGCUACAAUGUGCCUUUCAUCGCACCCCACACUAAAUCGCCUUCAUAUGAGCCAACUGAGGUCCCUCCAGAGGACUUCUACCCAUCCAACACCAUGGAGCUGGACUGGGGGUCUGGAGACUACUUGGAGACAAUGUCAUUCCUAAAUCCAGAUGGUGAGGACUACUCUAUGGUCACCAAGUUGCCCUCUGACUCGUACGAUACUGAGGACUAUACAGAAAGUUAUGAUACAUCCUUUCCGUCCAGAGUGGGAAUAUCUCCAUCAUCCUUGAAUCAUCUUCAUGUCUCAACUUCUCUCAGUGUCAUGACAGCAUACAGCACCAUCAAUCCUACUAAAUCCCUCAGUCCUUCUUAUUUUUCAUCUUCAAUUCACUUUACACUCGAACCAACUCCCAGGGUUAACAGUGAUAUACCUGAAGCAUCGGACAUAGAUUGGCCUGAUCCGUUCACGAUUCAGCCGACGGAUGUCCUCCUACCUGACAUGAACAGCUUGGAGUAUUACACCAUUCAGUCGACCAAAGACGACAACGAUUCAGAUGCUAAAGCUGAACAAAGAGGGAACGUAACUGUGGUGUCCAUCAGUGCUACUGAUAUGACACCCACAAACAGCCUCAACAAUAACACCACACCGCCUGAGGAUGAGUCCUCCAGUGAUUCUUCUGGGUUCGAGCCUCAUGACGAAUCAACCACCGAGGAGAGUCCUCAGCUGGUCAACGUCUCUGAGGCCUCUGAGCCUUUUCUGGAUCCUUCGAUUGUCCCAAGCCACUUCUUUGAUCCCACCUCCUCCACCUGGGGAAGUCAGAUGUCCCCAACGUAUAAGUCAGCCCCAACACUGACUGUUGGCCUUGAUAGCAUUGUAUCAACAGAAGCUAUGCUACCCACUGCCACGCCUUUGCUACCAGCCGAUGUAAUGUCAUCUUCCUCUUUGACAGACGUCCAUUGGUUUGUUACAGAAUCAUUCCUACAAAGUACCAUACACACCACUCCUGUCUUAAGUGCAACCAUAGCCUUCUCCCCUCUUCCCAUUGAACCUGCUGCCAACACCACUGAUACAACAACAAAAGACUCAACUCUUACGACUGAAGAAACUCUAAAUAUCACUGUGGUUUCAACUGAGCCCACAUCUAAUGUUUCUGUGGUCCCCCCGGUCAUUUUGAGCGAUCAGGGGGUGACUGAAGAUGGAUUUGACAUCUCAGCCACAAUGACCUUUAUCCCAACAAGCAGUGGAGCUAAUACAGUUUCUGCUGUGCCCACAACUAAAUCUGCCACCACUACUUCUCAUCAAGACACAACUACAGUUCCUCCCACCACUGAGGCCUCAAGUAGUGUCAACAUCAUCUCUACCACCAGUGAAAAGACCACAACAAUUACAGCUACAACAUCGAGACAAUACCUCUGCAGUCCGGAGAGGCCUUCUUAUUUAGUCAAAAUCGGGUUUCCUUCUGCGGCCACUAUUGGAUAUGCCAAAUCUCAAGUGAGAGACAUACUGAAAGUGGAAUUCAACAAGUCAGUGGAGCUGCAGGUUGUGGAUCCCCCACCAAAGUUUGUGUUCCGGGUGGUAUCUGGUCCGGUUGUAUACACAGCCAUAUCUGUCAUCAAUGCUCUGCGAAGGUCUGGGCGCCGCUUCCUGUCUGUGUCUCCAAACUGGACUACACCAGACCGUAAAUAUCAGAUCCACACAGUGCUGCAGUUUGUUCCCAGUCACAUUGAUGUGCGCCACUGCAACUUCAGUGAGAGCGUAGAGAAAGGUUUGACCAUGGCCUUCGCAGAAGUACGCCGGCGCUCAAAGGAAUCAACCAACUUCACAGUGCAGAUCGUAAACAUCACCUCGGCUGCUCCUAAGUAUCAGGAUCGACGGCUGGUGAGGCAGCCGGUGGACAUCACCUUCACUGUGCGCGGGUCAAAAGGUUACCUGAUGGGCUCAGAGGUCAGUAACGCUCUGAUGAAGCUCACGAUGGUGGAAUUCAGCUAUUACAUGGCCUUUCCCGUCCUGCAGAUAGCAGAGCCUUUUCAUUAUCCAGAGUUGAACACCAGCCAUCUUCUCCGCUCUUCCUGGAUUAGAACAGUGCUCCUGGGUGUGCUGGACCAGAAAGUGGGUGAGAGGACCUUCCAGGCCAGCAUGGAGCGCAGGGUGGCCAUGUUGCUCGGGGAGGCAAUGGGAUUAGUCAGACGUGUAAAGAGAGCCACCACCGUAGGAAACAGCAGUGUUCAGGUUGUGAGCACGAGUCGGCUGGUGGGUGCAGACAAUCCGCUGGAGGUUGUGUAUUUUGUGGAGAGUCCUAGUGGUCAGAGGAUGCCUGCAGAUCAGGCAGCAGACCUUCUGAACAGUCUGGACGUUCAACGGGCUGCCAUCGUCUUGGGAUAUCGCGUCCAGGGCAUUUUGGCACAGCCUGUGGAGAAGGUUGCAUCGUCACCCACCGACACUGAGAACACCAACGUGUGGAUCGUCAUCGGGGUGGUAAUUCCCCUCAUCGUGGUCCUCGUCAUCAUUUCCAUCCUGUACUGGAAACUGUGUCGGACAGAUAAGCUGGAGUUCCAGCCAGACGCCAUGACCUCCAUCCAGCAGAGACAGAAGUUGCAGGCCCCGAGCGUGAAAGGUUUCGACUUUGCCAAGCUGCACCUUGGCCAGCAGAGUAAGGAUGAUGUCAUGGUGAUUCAGGAGCCAGUCCCGCCAGGGCUGGGCUCUGGACCGCUGCCCGUGUCCAUUAAAGACGGCCUCAGCCAGUCUGAGAACGGGGAGAUUCCCACUCCGCAGUCCAAAACUUCAGUCUCCUCCACCAAGGCGUCACGCAGCAGCCGAAGGAGAGAAAGGAUCUCACCGUCAGACGGUGACUCUGUGGUUAGUGACCAUUCGAGUGAGCGGGAAUCAAACGAGGAGAACCUGAGAGGCCACGGCACACCCAACGACAGCAAGCAGACCCGCAAGGUCCCCAUCAAUGUUUUAAAUGGCAAGAAUAGAAUUGGUCCUCCGCCUAUGAAUGGCACAAACAAGCAGCUGUCCUCGGCGUCCAUCUUUGAACAUGUGGAUCGGAUGUCUCGGGCCGCCGAGGCCAGCAGGAGACUCCCGAACAAAAUCCAGCUCAUCGCCAUGCAGCCCAUGCCUGUGCCACCUCUCCACAGCCCCCCCAUCAACGGCAAACUGUCCGACACCAACCAAAUCAACAAAGAGAUCCAGGUAGCACUGAGGCACAAGUCAGAGAUUGAACACCAUCGAAACAAGAUCCGUCUGCGCGCCAAGAGAAAGGGCCACUACGACUUCCCCGCUAUGGAGGAGGUCACAGGCGGGCUGGGAGACACUAAGGACCAGGAUCGCAUCUAUCAGAAAGCACAGACACAGAUCGAUAAGAUUCUGGACCCUGACACUCAGAUGCCUGCCAUCUUCAUGCAGUCCAAGAAAAGUGUUCGAGGAAGGCGCUCCCCAAAAAUGAGGAUGAAGGAGCAGUUGAAUGGCGGCAUGAUGGAGGCAGACAAAGACCACCUCAUCACUGAAGACAAUGAUGCUGCGUACAGAAAGUGUCCUGGAGUCAACAACGUGGCCUACGUCUCUGAUCCUGACCAAGGCCCAGGAUCCCCUCACAGGAGCCCCUCCCCCACCGAUGAUGUCUUCCUUGGCCCUGCUUCCUCUCCUCCAGGCCAUGCCCCUCCCCCACCCCCCUACAUGCCCCCACAGCCCUCCAUCGAGGAGGCGCGGCAGCAGAUGCACUCUCUGCUGGACGAUGCCUUCGCCCUCGUGUCCCCCACCUCUCAGGGCAGCACGGCAGGGAUCACUCUCCCAGGGGUCAACAACAACAACCUGCCCGCCUCCAGCCCUCCUGGACGUAGUCCCCGGCCUUGGGGUCCUUCUUACCAAAGUCUCGGCCCCUACACUGGUAGGUUCCCUGAGCUAAGCCUGCCCCCACCGUCUGUCCAAGGCCUGACACCGAGGCAGGGCCUUGGCUCCAGCUACCUGCCACCCGGAGAACCAGCAGGCACAUGUGAGCAGAUCCAGCCGGACAGCCUGUACUCCAGCAGGGGGCUCUACUCUGACGAGCUCUCCUCGUCUGCCAGACCAAGGCCUGUCGGGGGGACUACAGGUGCCCAGCUCCAUCAUCUUGCACAGGUGGGAUUGUCCAGUCGGAUGAACGGUUACCCAGCAGGGCUCCGGGCUGCUCCAGGCCAGAAUGGAGGGAUCGGCUGGAACCACUACCACGAUGAACAUUUCUCCAGGAUAGAGCCUGAAAAAGAGGGAUUCCUGGGCUGUCCUGACUACUCGUCCCCCUCUAUCUUCCAGACGCCCAGAAGUGUCAUCAGGGAGCCUUCGGCACCUCCUGCCCACCUGGACACCUCGAGUGUGAGCUAUCUGUCUGCCCCGCCGCCUUUGGAUACAUCUCCUCCCACGCACUCCUCCGCCUCGCUCAUCAAGGCCAUCAGGGAGGAGCUGCUGCGUCUCUCGCAGAAACAGGCAGCUGUGUCCAGCUACCACGGCUGAGAGCUUCAGCCUCCAGUCUGUAACCAGUCGUACCACUGACCCUGCCUGCCUGCUUCACCCACCUGAGCUCACAAUACUUCCCAUGGAAGUCUCUGAGGCGGUACAGCAGAGAGAGAGAGAGAGAGAGAGAGAGAGAGAGAGAGAGAGAGUCCUGCUGAAGUGAAGUGAAGUGAAGAGGCGGCUAACAAAGAUUUCUACCUGCAGGGGGCGCCCUUGUUAAAAACUGGACAGCUUGUGUUCAGAGAACAGAAUCACAUUACACAGUUAAAUCAAAUCAUAGACAAUGCAAUGGAAAGAAAGACAAUAUGAACAGUAGAUGAUGGACCUUUUAAUAUGAGACGACGUGAUGUGGCAUGUCUGGACUCAUUGUGGACCUGGGAGGCCGAGUUCUGGCCACAUUCUGGACUUCUUUGCGAUACUACCGACUCCAUCAGACUGAGUCUCUGCGUCAUACUUUUGUUCUCAUGCUGCCUUCCCUCAAAUGAAAUCCCCUCUAAGUCAUUUAGAUAAUCUCCUCUGUUUUUUUUAACGCUACUGACACUACCACACAGGUAUUUGUUUAUUUUCAUUGCAGACUCUUAACCUCAUUAUCACCAUCAGGUGCUACUUCCUGUUCUCUGCCAUGAUGAGCCAUGCUAUGCCUUGACACUGUGAUGUAGUUCACCUGACUGUGUCUAAUGUACGAGCCCACAGUGAGCUCAUAGGUCAGACGGUAGGCACAGAGGAGCACUUCUAGAGACUAAUAACACUCAUAAACACUACCUAUUCCUUACUGCAGUAGCACAGAGUUAGUCUGAGUUUAAAUCUUUUGACCUCUUUUCCUACAGUAUCGUUUACUUGUUGUUAUUUGUGGACAGCUUGCAUUCACUGUCUUUGUUUUUUAUUAUGCUAAGAAGCUGACAGACUGCUAGCAAGCUUGGGAAAAUGGCCUUGAAAUCAAGUCAAUCGUCAGCAGUAGGAGGUGUUACACCUACAGGCAGAAAUGUGUUACUUGACAUUAUGGAGUGUGUUCUGCUGUACGUUGAUGCACUGUUUGCAGACGACUUUGUACAGCUCAGUUCAAUCAAGAAGAGAUUUCUAACAGACAAAUCAGUGUUAAGAUAAGUCAUGUCAAAGUACUGUUAAUGAAGGAAAAUUACAGAAGCCUUAAGCAGGUAAGCAUCAAUACAUUUUAUUUAAAGGAGCAGUAUGUAACUCUGACAACUAGUGUUUCAAAUGUGUACUGCAGUCCAAAUUAAAAACAUUGUAGAGCGCUGUCUCCCCCCCCCCCUCCUCUCUAGAGUCGAUGCUCACACAGGUCACCAUGUGGUGGACACUGAAGCUUCAGUGUUUAUCCAGCUCUGCAUCGGUCUGUAAACCUUUCUGUGUUCUAACCUCUCUCCAUUUUUCAAAAGCAUCUCCAAUAUUGAUCCUAGUUUGAGCACGUUUCUGCUCGUGGAGCUUAUUAGAAACAUGCAGAGGCUUUUUAGGUCGGGUACAAUCACUUCUAUCUGAACCACUUCUCUUGCCCGCUUCCAUCACUGUAACACCUGUUGACCUGAUAACUGCUCUCAUAUCUGGCAAACCGAGGGGCGUCCAAAACAGCCGUGUGGGGGGUGCCUUAAAACCGUCUACCUUCUCUGGUCCAAACAAAUCCAGAGCAUUCAGGACCAGAAUCUAAAGUUAGAAGGAGGACAUACUGGCUGCUGCAUUGUUGUCAGAGAAGCCAGAUGUCUGAUCAUAUAGUAAGGUACCUUUAUCAUUUACUUCACUACACAUCUUAUGCUGAUUGCUCAUUUAACUCUGAUGUACUGUAAAAAUUACUAAAUUUCUGUUGCCAAUCAACCAAUCAAUCUUUAUUUGUGUAGCAUUGAUUCAUAACAAAUGUUAUCUCUAGACGCUUUAUGAAAGAGCAGGUAAAAUACCUUACUCAUUGUUAUGGUACAAUAACAGUUGUUUGCUCAAUAUCUCAAUGUAUUUAUCUUGUUCUUGGGAUAACAACGCUGGUUUUCACCAAGCUGCAACCUCCGGUGUUGAAAAAAAGCCGAUUCGGAAGUGCAAAAUCCUGAAGUUCUUUGAGUGUCCACUUGAGGCUGCCUGCAGGAACACCAGAAGUCACAUACACACCACAGCCAAAAAGGCCAGUAAUUCAGUACUUAUCAUGUGGCACUUAGAAGUUUUAUAUAUGUAUACGUUGCAUCACAGCAAUCAUUUAAAAAAUGUUUGUUUUAACUUGAGGUUUAUUGUGAAAAAAAGAAAUGGUCAUGUUUUAAUUACAGCCUGAUACACAAAAACCAAAUAGAUCUGAUUAGUUAUUGUCAUCACUGGCAACCUGAGUGAGCAUCGACUCUAGAGAGGAGGGGGUGGGGGGAGACAGCUCUCUACAAUGUUUUAAAUUUGACCUGCAGUACCCAUUUUAAACAAACGUGAAUUUUGAAAAAAUUGCUCCGUUUUGAUUUUAUGAUAGGUGUUGUCAAUAGUUAGGCGUGUAGCUGACAUGAUUGACAGGUGGGCGGGAUGUAACGGUUCGUCAAGAGGCUUAGAACCCGCCUCAGCUCCAGCUCUCAGCCUGUCAUUAGGUUUACUGAAAGUUAGACUGAGACAGGAUUUCCAUCAUGGCGGCUGCUGUAGAUGAGGCUUUGGAGCCCCCUGCAGGAACAGAUGGCUUCGUCCAUUAAUAUUUACAGGCUACGGUUUUCUCAUGAUGAUCGGUCGUUUUUUUUUUAGAUUUCCAGAAAUUAACUUAUCUCAGUAAAACAAGUUUUGAUAUUACGAGACAAGUAAGUUGAGAUGUUGAGAAAACAACUAUUACUUAUAAAAAAAAAAGUGAGUAAAUGAAUAUUGAUGUUUGUCUGCUUAAGGCUCCCGUAGAAAGUCCUACAGAUUAGUAUUCUGUUUAGCAUUGACCUGUAUUAAUAACUAACACCAUCUCUGUCUCAUGCAGUAUUCAAACAUGUUGUUUGCCUUUUUAUCAGCACAGGAGGGGUUAAAAAAAAGUGUACUGUAUUGUAAUUUAUGGUUUACUACAGCCAUCUUGUUUCUGUGCUCUGGACCUUUUUCUGAUCUACCUUACCUCAUGUGAUUUUUUUCCCCUUCAAACGUCUCUUAGUCAUCGUGCUUUUAGGUUCCCCCUCUCCCCCUUCCAUAUGUUGUGACGUUUCGGGGCCUGAAGUUAUAUUUUAUCUAACUGAAAUAAAAGAUGGAAAUUAUGGAUUUCAAAAGCAGGGACUGAAAACAUGCGUCUGCAGUGUGUCUGCCAGUCUGAUGUGGCGGCUUAUACAUCAUCACUACACAUCUACAUUUGUUUUAAUUUGUUUGGCAGCGUCAUGUGCCUUUCAGUAGUGUUGUAUUACUCGAAAUACAAGACCGGUCUCGAGACCACUUUUUGAAGGUCUCGUCUCGGAAUCGAAAUCUGUCUCAGACUGGGCGGACUGGAUUUUAAAUUGAGACCGAUCAAGACCACCUCUGAUUUCUAUUUUUCCACAUCAUAACUUUGAUUCAGAGGAAAACGCCCCCUUCUCAAAGAAUACAGAAACUUUAAUUCAUUCAUGAAGCAAGUGACACGCCCGCUGCUCACUAGAUGAUGAUUUUUCAGUGAUGUUUAUGCUCUUGCUCUUGUCUCGGUCUCGUCCUGCCUUGGUCUUGACUCGGCCUCGAUCCCUAAAUGUCUUGGUCUAGUCUUGGUUUCAGGGUACUCUGGUCUUUGGCAUGUCUCGUUUGGUUUCACUACAGCACUUCCUUUCACAGUAACCUUGAACAUUUGAAUUACUUCUAGUAGUUUUCUGUGUGUCACUGAGGAUCAAAUAUUGUGAUUCCUGGUCUGAAUAACAACAAUAAGCAGUCAUUUUUUUAAAUUUACAUAAACUAGAUCUUUUGUUGCUUUAGGAGCUGAAAUGAAACAGUGAUCACACAUGGUUAUUGUAUGAAGCUGUGUUUGAAUUGUCCAUGUUUACACUCUCACACUGUAUGCCUCCAUCUGCUGGUCAUGUACUGUAACAACCACCAACCCCACGUUUGUUCAUCCCAAACUUCCUUUUGAAUGUGUUUUUUUGUGUUGUGAUCAAUGAUUUUAUAUGUUUUGCAUUUGGUGAAAAUUAUUUGUUGGCUGGCCCAACUUUCUGUUUCAUUGAUGUUGCAUGUUUAAUUAUUGUAUUUCUUUAUGUUUUGUUGGUUUUUUGCGCAUGCUGUUCAAAGAAAAUCCUUGAAAUACAAAAGAAGUUGUCUCUACA